AUGGAAAUGUUCAUAGAGCAAGUGAGGAACCACCCCUGCCUAUGGGAUACGGACGGCGUCGCGUACAGAGACGCAGCGCGGAAGGACCUGGCAUGGAAAUUGGUUGCGAAAACGUGCGGCAUGAUCAACGCUGCCGAAGCGAAAAAUCAAUGGAAACGUCUUCGAGACAGUCACAGAGAAGCAAUGAGGAGGAGAAAGGCUGCCACAGCUAUACAAGCGCAAAGUAUCGGUCCAUGGAAAUACGAGAAACUCAUGGAGUUUGUUCUACCGCAGAACAGAGAGACGUACGCGAAUUUCUGUGCCGAAAGCUAUACCGAUGCAACUCUAGCGACCUUGUCCACCGAGGACGGCGACGGCAACAUCGACAUUCCCGCACUCGAAGUGGAGAGAGAAAUGAGAAGACAUCUGAAAGAGAAGGAGAGGGAGGAACUGAGACGGCAGAUGUACGACGAGACUAGAACGAUGCGGGACGCCCUUACGGAUUUGUUCUCGAGCCUGUGCCAGAAGACACGCGACCUGCCCAGACAUUUGCAGCUCAAGGUGCAGAGGGAAAUAUUACGAGUCCGUCACCCGGGCCGAGGAGGAGGCGCUGAACGAAGCACAGAACUCGUCUUACUACAACUCGCAUUUGGAGAAACGCGAGCAAAUGGAGAUGUU